GUCAGCUUGUUGUUGUUUUUGUUCAGUAGAAUAACUAGAACAGUCGACAUCUUUGAAAGCCGUCUGUGUCGUCUUGUGCUCUAUUAUUGAUUUUAUCCUAAAGUAAACAUUUACUUGUUUCUUUAAACUACCAAAGAAGCACUCUAUCGGGUUGUAUCUGGGUUUGGCUGUCAUUAAGUGAGACGUCUCUUUAACGAUGGGGAGUCAGUACCAGCGCUCAGUGCCACUAGAGGUGAGGAGAGCAGAGGGGGAGCGAGUUCGGGCCAAACACCCCGAUAAGAUACCGAUCAUUGUUGAAAGGGCCCCCAAGUCAAGAGCUCCUGAACUCGACAAGAAAAAAUAUCUUGUGCCCUCAGACUUGACAGUGGGCCAGUUGUGCUUCCUCAUCCGCCAGCGUGUGUCCUUGAGGCCAGAGGAGGCGCUCUUCUUCUUUGUCAACAACUCUCUUCCCCCGUCCAGCUGCCCUCUUUCGGCUGUAUAUGAGGAGCACCAUGAAGAAGACCUGUUUCUCUACAUGACCUACAGUACUGAGAGCGUGUACGGUGCCUGAGGGAGACCAAAAGACUGGAAAAUGGACAAAGAGAGAGGAUGAGAGAAGGUGCAAAGAAGCCUGGAAGCGUUAAAGCUGUUUGUAAUACUAAGCAUUACUUUAAGUCUCUGUAUUCCUUUUUUUAACUGCAAUAUAUGAUGGAAUUGAAACUUUUGUUUAAGGAGGAAAGGAUUGCUGAAAUGAAUAUUACUUUUGACAGUAUUUAAAUAGGGAAAAGAUGCAUUAAGGACACAUUUAAUUUAUGUUUAAGUUUUCAAACAGCUGCAUGGGGUAAAAGGAUAUUAUGGAAAAAAGUGGAGAAAACUCUCAUGUUCCUGAGUCAUCUGUAUGUAAUGCAAAUAGUUUUCUUUUGUAAAUAAGUAAUCUUUUGUGAAAAUAAAAACCUGCAAAGAAA